AUGAUCCCAUGCCCCUCUCGAGAAGUGGCUACAACAAUACAGCAGGUCAUCUGCGUCGACAAGGAGCUGCGGCCACAUGACGUUGAAAAGAGUUUGGAUGUGCACACAGCUGACGAUGGACGUGCAGAUUUACAUGUGACAAUGCGUGCGACAACACUCCGACACCUUCGUCUUUCUCUUAAUUCGUUCUUGGAUGAUACUGCGUUAAUUGUGCGGACCAUGGAUGCGCUGAAGCCGGGCAUGCCUACUCAAGCUGUGUCUGCGCUAGAACAGGGGAGUAUUGGUCUGGCUGGUUGA